UAUGAACUUAUAUUGUCAUUAGCUAAGCCACGGUUUUGGAGCUUUCUAUUUAAAUAGAAGUACCAUAUUUUGGGUUUCUUAAUUACAUCCUUAAGCCAGAUUUUAAGCUGCACAUACAAUUGGUACUACAGCAUGUUUCUUCAUGACCAAAAGGCUUUACAAUUUCUUCCCUGGAGGAGGUUCUGAUCCAUCAAUAAAUCCCAGUCUCCUACCAGAAUUAAUGGCUACUUGCCCACAGAAUGGUAACGUUAAUGUCCGAUUACCGAUAGAUGAAGGCAGCAGCGACGCAUUUGACAACCAAAUUUUGCAGAAUAUUAGGAGUGGUUUUGCUGUGUUACGAUCUGAUGCUAGCUUAUAUGAAGAUGUGGUAACAAGGAGUGUUGUGGAUUCUUACUUUGGGAUGUUUAGUCCAUUUUUGGGGAUAUCAUUUGAGGCUGAUUUUGCCAAUGCAAUGGUGAAAAUGGGUAGAAUUGAUGUGCUAACUGGAUUUCAAGGAACAAUUAGACGUGUAUGUUCAGCUUUUUGAUUGAUAUAAUUGUAAUUACUAGUUGUA